AGGAGGGAGGGUGACUGAUCAAGCAGACGCCUUAGUGCUGUGCUGCCCUUUGGAACCUUACCAGAGAGUUGUAAAUCAAACUGCUCGGGUUGAGCAGAAUUUAGUCAUGGAGUGAUUUCUCAGUCAGCAGUUAGUUGCAAGCGCUUCGCACAGGACUCAGGAAAUUCUUCAGGCCUGUGGUUAGACUUGGCUGGGUAUAGACGGGUGGAAAAUCCUGAGUCCUUCUGCCAGCGCGGCUCACAUGCUGUUUGUUGGUAAGACACUGCACUGUUAAGAGAUUCCUAACACACCCAGGCUGCCUCCUGUCAGGCUGCAAAGCAGAAAAGCAAGAUGACACAGGAACAGUAUUCGACAACUCAACGAAACAACAUCCAGACCUCAGAAAACCAAUAUGUGUACAAAGUUGGGAUUUACGGCUGGCGAAAGCGGUGCCUUUACUUUUUUGUCCUCCUCCUAAUGAUUCUGCUGCUGGUGAAUCUCGCUCUGACUAUAUGGAUCUUGAAGGUCAUGAAUUUCACAACAGAUGGCAUGGGGAACCUGAGAAUCACUGACAAAGGCCUGCGGUUAGAAGGUCCCUCCGAGUUUUUGGAGACUUUGUAUGCCAAAGAAAUCCGAUCCAAAGCAGACAGAUCGCUUUACUUGCAGUCUUCUAAAAAUGUUACAGUGAGCGUCCGUAAUGAGCAGAAUGAGAUUGUUACCCAGCUAAUUACAGGGAGCGAAGCUGUGGAGGCACACGGCAAGCGGUUCGAGGUGAACUCAAACACGGGGAAGCUGCUGUUUUCGGCAGAGGAGGGUGAAGUGGUUGUCGGCGCUGAACGCUUAAGAGUUUUAGGUGCAGAAGGAGCCGUGUUUGAUAGUUCUCUCGAAACACCACAUAUCCGGGCUGAACCUUUCAAACAGUUACGACUGGAAUCGCCCACACGCUCUCUCAUAAUGGAGGCACCAAAGGGAGUGGAGAUCGAUGCAGAGGCGGGUGACUUGAAAGCUCUUUGUCGAAAUGAGCUGAAAUUGGAAUCUGAAGAUGGUGAGAUCAUUCUGGACGCCAGGAAUAUAAAAUUACCGAGACUACCUAAAGGCACGUACACACCCUCAGCAACUGGCCGACAGAAUGUCUUUGAGGUUUGUGUCUGCCCCAAUGGAAGACUCUUUCUCUCACAAUCUGGGACAGGCUCCACGUGCCAGAUAAACAACAGCAUUUGUCUAUAAGAGGAGAACAAUGAACCCACACAUGAGCGCUACGUCCCGUCAGCAGCUCUGAGGUCUUUUUCGGAUACAAAAUGGUACCCCACGAGGGAACUGUAUGACAGCUUGGUUGCUGUCUGCAUCGUGGAAGAAGGCCUCUUAAACGGACACUUUGAGCUGACUGCAUUUGUCCUCCCCUUUUCAAUAUGACGUUUCAGUAUAGGGGAGACAAAUGAAAAACCAUCUAUACUGGGACGUGUUCCAACCAACAUCUCUGUUCAAAGAGGGAGAUGAAAGAACGCCUUUGCCUUAACUGAAUGCACUCAGCAAGGAAAGCACAUUAUUUUUCAUUUUUAUGGGUGUUAUUAGGAGUGCACCGAUUACAAAACACACGGCUUGCAAGGUUGAAACCCUAAUAUGUAUCGGAUGCAAAAAUCCAGUGAUUAACCGUAUUCGGAGUGUCUCGAGGAACUCAGUUGAGAA